AUGACGGCCAAAUCCCAGGAUCUCCUCGAAGGAGUGACGGCGCCCAAAGUGAGAACAUUGCUCCGAGUUGUCAUCCUCUUUUUCAUUGCUGGUGCUGCCAUUUCCAGCCGUCUCUUCUCCGUUAUUCGUUUCGAGAGUAUUAUCCACGAGUUUGACCCGUGGUUCAACUUCCGAGCGACGAAAUACCUUGUUGCCAAUGGAUUCUACAAGUUCUGGGAUUGGUUUGAUGAUCGCACAUGGCAUCCUCUCGGUCGGGUUACCGGAGGUACCCUCUAUCCCGGUCUGAUGGUCACCAGCGGUGCCAUCUACCAUGCUCUUCGCGCCCUCACCAUCCCCGUCGACAUCAGGAACAUUUGCGUCCUUCUCGCGCCCGCCUUCUCCGGCCUCACGGCAUACGCGACCUACCUUCUGACCAACGAGAUGACCACUUCGCCCUCGGCUGGUCUCCUUGCUGCCAUCUUCAUGGGUAUUGCGCCUGGUUACAUCUCGCGAUCCGUCGCUGGCAGCUACGACAACGAAGCCAUUGCCAUCUUCCUGCUCGUCUUCACCUUCUUCCUGUGGAUUAAGGCUCUCAAGCUCGGAUCGAUGCUCUGGGGUGCGCUGUGUGCGCUCUUCUACGGUUACAUGGUGGCCUCGUGGGGUGGCUAUGCCUUCAUUACCUGUCUCCUGCCGAUGCACGCCCUUGUCCUUAUCUGCAUGGGUCGAUACAGCACUCGACUCUACGUCAGCUACACGACAUGGUACGCCCUCGGCACGCUGGCCAGCAUGCAGAUUCCUUUCGUCGGUUUCCUCCCUGUUAAGACCAGCGAGCACAUGCCGGCAUUGGGCAUCUUCGGCUUCCUCCAGCUCAUUGGCUUCAUUCAAUUCGUGCGAUCCGCAAUCUCUGGACGACAGUUCCAGACUUUCCUUGUUACUCUCCUCGUGGCGACGUUCGGCCUGGGUCUCGCCGGCCUGGUCGCCUUGACCUCCCUUGGAUACAUCGCUCCCUGGGGUGGUCGAUUCUACUCUCUCUGGGACACCGGCUACGCCAAGAUCCACAUUCCCAUUAUUGCCUCCGUCUCCGAACACCAGCCGACCGCCUGGCCCUCGUUCUUCUUCGACCUGAACUUCCUUAUCUGGCUCUUCCCCGCCGGUGUCUAUCUGUGCUUCCAGAACCUCAGAGAUGAGCAUGUCUUCAUCGUGGUUUAUGCCAUGUUUGGAAGCUACUUCGCUGGUGUCAUGGUCCGUCUCAUGCUGACCUUGACUCCCGUGGUCUGUGUCGCCGCCGCCAUCGCCGUGUCGCAAAUCCUGGACACCUACCUGUCCUUGAAAGCCCCCGAGGUUGAAGAGACUCCUGCCGCCGGCACUGACGGCUCUUCCAAGAAGGCAAAGGGCGGCCUCAGGGCUACGGAGAAGCCCAACGUUGGCAUCUUCAACAACCUCUCCAAGGUUGUUGUCACUGGUGCCAUGACCAUUUACCUGCUCAUGUUCGUUACCCACUGCACCUGGGUUACCUCUAACGCUUACUCCUCGCCCUCCGUGGUCUUGGCGAGCCGAUUACCUGACGGUAGCCAGCACAUCAUUGAUGACUACCGAGAGGCCUACCAAUGGCUCCGCCAGAACACCAAGGAGGAUGCCAAGAUCAUGUCUUGGUGGGAUUACGGCUACCAGAUUGGUGGCAUGGCUGACAGACCCACCUUGGUUGACAACAACACUUGGAACAACACCCAUAUUGCGACUGUCGGCAAGGCCAUGAGCUCCCGCGAGGAGGUCAGCUACCCUAUCAUGCGACAGCACGAAGUCGACUACGUUCUGGUCGUCUUUGGUGGUCUCCUGGGUUACUCUGGAGACGAUAUCAACAAGUUCCUCUGGAUGGUCCGUAUCGCUGAGGGUAUCUGGCCUGAUGAGGUCAAGGAGCGUGAUUUCUUUACCGCUCGUGGCGAGUACAAGGUCGAUGGCGAUGCCACCGAGACCAUGAAGAACAGCUUGAUGUACAAGAUGUCGUACUACAACUACAACACCCUCUUCCCCUCGGGUCAGGCUGUUGACCGAGUUCGUGGCGUUCGUAUGCCAGAUCAGGGUCCCGUUCUCAACACUGUUGAGGAGGCCUUCACCAGUGAGAACUGGAUCAUCCGCAUCUACAAGGUCAAGGACCUCGAUAACGUUCUGCGUGACCACUCGGCCGCCGCUGCAUUUGAGCGAGGCCAAAAGAAGAAGAAGACUCAGAAGAAGAGGGGCGCUCGCGUCCUCCGCGUUGACUAA